AUGGCUGAAUGGAUGCUUAAAGUGACAGUUUUGGAUAAAAAUGAUAGCCCACCGGUCUUUCGUGACACUCCGUUAACAUUUAAUGUAAGCGAAGAUUUAAAUGCUGGCCAUCUAAUUGCGACAAUACGCGCCUCAGAUCCCGAUACUUUGGGCUCAUUAUCAUACAGCGUGUUGGGCGGUGAUGAUGGGAAAUUUCUUUUAGAACCCGAUACCGGGAAAUUACGUCUUAAAGAUGCUUUAGAUCGUGAAUUAAAGAACAAUUACAAGCUGCGUGUACGUGUCAGUGACGGUGUCCAACAUACCGAUACAUUAAUUAUAAUUGAGGUGAGCGACACCAAUGACAAUCCGCCUGUGUUUGAUGUGCCUGUUUAUUCGUUUGACAUACCAGAGAACGCCCCACGUGGCUAUCAGGUUGGUGUGAUUGCUGCCGCAGAUCCAGAUUUGGGUAAUAAUGCCGUCGUCACAUAUACCGUAAUAUCGGACUGGGCCAACGAUGUAUUUAGUUUGAAUCCUCAAACAGGCGUCUUCACUCUGACAGCUCGUUUAGAUUAUGAAGAGAUGCAGCAUUAUAUUUUGGUAGUCCAAGCGCAAGACAAUGGUCAGCCCAGUCUAUCUACCACUUUGACGGUUUAUUGUAAUGUUUUGGAUUUGAAUGAUAAUCCACCAGUAUUUGAUGCCAUGAGUUAUUCGAUGGAGAUUUAUGAGAACGUCUCGAUUGGAACACCUGUAGUGACCGUGACGGCCGCAGAUAUUGAUUCAGGUGAUAACGGUCGCAUCGAGUAUACGAUUACAUCGGGCGAUGAUAAUAACGAUUUUGAGAUCUUUUCAAACGGUACCAUACGUACGCGCCAUUUAUUGGAUCGUGAAACAAAAAGUUCAUAUAAUUUAAUUGUAACCGCAAGAGAUUGUGCUAAAGAAUUUCCAAUGAUGCAUGAUGAUCACCAACAGCUGCUGCAGCAAUUGCAACAACUGCAACGCAAUUCAUUGCCAUACAAUUUUCAACGUCAGCGACGUCAAUACCAUCAAUAUCAACCUCAACAUCCUCAGCAGCAGCAGCAACAGCAACAGCGGCAACACCAUAAUCAGCAGCAACAACAACAACUACAGCAACGCGUGCAACAGGAGCAACAACGACGUUUAUCAACCACUGUUCAGGUUAGCAUCGUUUUAAAAGAUGUCAACGAUGAGGAGCCACGCUUUAUAUCACCCAACGUCACUGAAAUGCAAGAGAAUAUUUCAACCAACACUGUGGUUAUGGUAAUUAAAGCUAAUGAUAGGGAUGAAGGCCGAAAUGGUUACAUUGAAUACAUCCUGGAACAAGACCAAAUAUUACCUUUCACUUUAGGUGCCGUCGAUGGUCUGUUGCGUGUAGCUGGUAAAUUGGAUCGUGAACAACGGGCUAGCUACACUUUAAAUGUAACAGCCCGGGAUAGGGGAGAACCGAGCAAAUCUACUCGCACUCAAAUUUUAGUGAAAAUUUUAGAUGAGAAUGACAAUAAUCCCAUCUUUGAUCCUAAACAAUAUUCGGCCUCGGUAGCGGAAAAUGCUAGCAUCGGAGCUAUGGUCUUACAAGUUUCAGCCACCGAUAUUGACGAAGGUGCCAAUGGCCGUGUACGAUUCUCCAUAGCAGCUGGUGAUGAUAAUCGUGAUUUCAGUAUCAGUGAAGAUUCGGGCAUAGUCAGGGUAGCGAAAAAUCUCAACUAUGAGCGUAAAUCGCGCUAUGAGCUUACAAUACAAGCAGAAGAUUGUGCCGCUGACUUAGCUUUAGCUAAUGAAAGUAUGGAAGGUCGUAAUAAAUUACUGACGCCAAUAGAAAAUCGUUACGAUAUCGCUGAACUGACUAUUAUUAUAACCGAUAUAAACGAUAAUUCUCCGACAUUUUUUCACUCACCCUAUUUAGCGAAUGUUAUGGAAAAUGUUAUACCGCCCAACAGUGGUUAUGUGAUACAAGUAGAAGCCUAUGAUGCGGACACGCCACCAUUUAAUUCGUUGGUACGCUAUUUCCUCAAAGAAGGUGAUACUGAUCUCUUUCGCAUUAAUGCCUCUACCGGUGAAAUAUCACUGUUGCGCUCUUUGGAUCGCGAAACGAAAGCAGAAUACAUACUCACCUUAGUUGCCAUGGAUACAGGUUCUCCACCGCUUACCGGUAGUGGCAUUGUUAAGGUCGUAGUACAAGAUAUGAACGAUCAUCGUCCUGAAUUUGAACGCCAAUCAUAUCAUACAAAUGUAGCAGAAAAUUUGCCGAUCGGUACCAGAGUCCUGCAGCCGAAAGCAACUGAUCGUGAUACGGGAUUAAAUGCUAAAUUGCGCUUUACUUUAUUGGGUGAAAACUUGGAGCGUUUUCAUUGUAAUUCAGAAACUGGUGAAAUAACAACAGCCGCCGUUUUAGAUCGCGAAGAGACUGCCUUGUAUUUUCUCACUUUAAUGGCUCAAGAUAGUUCAACUACUGAACCUCAUGCUACGGCGGUUAAUUUGACAAUUAAUAUAAGAGAUGCUAAUGAUAAUAUGCCACGCUUUGAAGCUUCCAAUUUUAACGUAAAUAUACCCGACAAAAGUGUUAGUGGCGAAUUCGUGUUUGGCGCUCAAGCUGAAGAUAUGGAUGAAGGCUUGAAUGCUUUUGUCAUGUACAAUAUCAGCGGAAAAGACGCUGAACUUUUCACUAUUAACCAUAAAACAGGAGUAAUUAAAACCAAACAUUCCCUAAAAUCCCAAUUGUCAACUGUCUACAAUAUAGUUAUACACGCUUACGAUCAAGGUUUACCCUCCAAAUCUUCCGUAGCUGACUUGAGCAUAUCUCUUAAGCCUUUGACAGCAUUUCCUAGCUUUAGUUACGUAGCCAAUACCCAGUUUUUACUUUCCGAAGAUGUACCGGAAGGAAAAGUUAUAACCACCAUAAUAGCGACUUCGCCUAAAAAAGGAUCGGCUUCUAACAUACGGUAUUCCAUAGCUGGCGGUAAUUUGCGAGAAGCAGUACGCGUUGAUCAAAGCACCGGUGUGGUAAGCAUAGGAAAAGAUGGUCUUGACUACGAAUUGUCACCUCAAUAUGAUAUCUGGUUGGAGGCGUGUGAUUCAGAUCGCACACCUCUACGUAGUGUUAUGUUAUUAUCUAUUAACGUGACAGAUGCCAAUGAUAAUCCACCAGUUAUGGAAAAACUUGUAUACAACGUUGAAAUUAUUGAAGAAGAAUCGCCUCCUCAGACUGUAGUUAAGAUGAAAGCUCACGAUCAUGAUUCAGGUGAUAACGCCGAAAUUACCUAUCGUUUAGUAGAUGAUUACGAAGGCACUUUUGAAAUUGAUGCUGAUUCUGGCGAAGUAUUCACAAAUUUGCGUUUAGAUAGAGAGGAAUUGGAGCGUUACGAACUUUUAAUUGAAGCAGUGGAUCAAGGCAUGCCUCAGUUGACCGGUUCAGCAACAGUUCUACUCAGUCUGCUUGAUAAAAAUGACAAUCCUCCGAAAUUUACCCGUCUCUUCUCGGUAAAUGUUACAGAGAACGCUGAGAUAGGCAGUUUUGUUAUCCAAGUGACUUCAAUUGAUUUAGAUGAAGGUGAAAAUGCGAAUGCAACGUAUAGCUUGACAGAAAAUCCAGGUGAAAAAUUUAAAUUGGACGCUAUUAGCGGCAACGUUACAGUUGCUGGCCAUAUUGAUCGCGAGGAACAAGAUGAAUAUAUUUUGAAAAUCACCGCUUCUGAUGGCGCCUGGCGUUCGGAUACUCCUAUUACUAUAACUAUUCAAGAUCAAAAUGAUAAUGCUCCUGAAUUUGAAAGUUCUCUGUAUAACUUCAAUUUUCCCGAACUUCAGCGCUCGGUCGCCUUCGUAGGGCAUGUCACGGCCAUUGAUCGUGAUAAGCAUGGUCCUAAUUCAGUAAUCUCAUAUUCGUUGCAGUAUCCUUCCGAUUUGUUUGCAGUAGAUCCAGCUUCAGGAGAGAUCUUCAGCAAACGUUCUAUCAAAUACAAGAAUUCGCAGUUUGAAACCUCUCCUGAAAACAUUUAUACGAUGGUGGUAAUAGCUACUGACAAUGGCAAGCCACCAUUAUAUUCAGAAUGCAUAGUUAACGUUAAUAUUGUUGACGCCAAUAAUCAUCCUCCGAAAUUCGAAAAAUCUCAAUACCUGUCUCCUGUACCCGAACAUGCUCGUUUGGGUCAGAGAGUAGCAAAAGUGCAUGCUCUGGAUUCUCUCGACUCUGGUGUAAAUGCCGAGAUUGAGUAUUCACUUACCAGAGGUAACGGCUCAGGUUACUUUGCCAUUAAUAAAAUGGAUGGUUGGAUAACACUUACUCGAUCUUUGGAAGUGCAACCAAACACUUUAUUCACCUUGAUCGUUACAGCUAGCGAUCACGGCGUGCCUUCUAAAGUGGAUCAAACGCUUGUUAGUAUUAUUGUCACUGGAGAAAACAAAUUUACUCCGGAAUUCACUGCUUUAAGUUACCAAGUUAUUGUGCCUGAGAAUGAACCUAUCGGUUCCACUAUUUUGACAGUUAGCGCUUCAGACCGGGAUGAAGGACCUAAUGGUAUGUUACGAUAUUCCAUUUCUGGAGGUAAUGAACGUUCCGAAUUCAAGGUAAACGUUGAAACCGGUGCCAUUACUAUACUUCAACCUUUGGACUACGAUUUAAUACAAGAAUAUCAUUUGAAUAUUUCGGUGGAGGAUUUAGGAUUCAAACCCAAGAGUACAAUAGCUAUGUUAACUGUUAUUUUGACGGAUAUCAAUGAUAACCCACCGUUAUUUAAUCAAAGUCAAUAUCACGCUUUUAUACCUGAAAAUAGGCCGCCACAUACGCCUAUCUUUAAAGCUUCAGCUAGUGAUAGAGAUUCACCAAAAAAUGCGAUCAUACGUUACUCUAUUGUCAGUGGAUCUGGGAAAGGUUUGUUUACAAUAAACUCGGGUAUAAUAUACUCAUCGGUCAGUUUCGAUUACGAAGAGAGGCACGAGUAUUCUUUGCAAAUUAUGGCCGCAAACCCAGAUUCUCCUAUGCAAAGUACGACUAUUGUAACUGUUCAUAUAACUGGAGUUAACGAAUUUUAUCCUCAAUUUAUACAACCCGUCUUCCAUUUCGAUAUAUCCGAAUCAGCUGACGUGGGCACACCGGUUGGGUCGAUUCAGGCCACAGAUAAAGAUGCGGGAGAAGACGGCAAUGUUUAUUACCUGCUUGUAGGCUCUAGCAACGAUAAAGGCUUCUCCAUUAACCCCUCCACCGGUUUUAUAUAUGUAUCACGCCACCUAGACAGGGAAACUCAAAGUAGAGCUGUCCUCACUGUUUUGGCGAAGAACUAUGGUAGUAUACGUGGCAAUGACACUGAUGAGGCCCAAGUUAUAAUUUCAAUUCAGGACGGUAAUGAUCCCCCAGAAUUUUUGAAGUCUUUAUAUUCCGCGAAAAUAUCUGAAAGUGUGGUCUCUGGAACUAAAGUUGUUACUGUAAAGGCUGUAGACAAAGAUGUUCGACCUCAGAACAACCAAUUCAGCUAUUCUAUAAUUAACGGCAAUCUCAACCAAACCUUUAAAAUUGAUCCUCAAAGCGGCGAGAUAGAAACAGGUCGAAAACUCGACCGAGAAAACGUACCAGAAUAUAAUUUAAUAAUAGGUGCAAUAGACACCGGUUCACCUCCGCAGACUGGUACCACAACUGUCAAAAUUACACUUUUAGAUGUUAAUGAUAACGGUCCUACAUUCAGUGAAAAUGGUCUAAUAGGCUACAUUUACGAAAAUGAACCAGCUGGUACUACUAUCAUGACUUUAAGCGCAUCCGAUCCCGAUCUACCUCCAAACGGAGGUCCAUUCACUUAUCACUUAAUCGGUGGUAGACACAAGUCCUCAGUUUCUGUAGAUCAGCAUACAGGCUUAGUAAAAUCUACCCGAACCUUUGAUCGUGAAUUGACUCCUAUUUUAGAGGCCAUAAUUGAUGUGGAAGAUAACGGUCAGCCUAAGCAACGAGGGCAACACAAACUAAUUAUAAAGGUUUUAGAUCGAAACGAUAGUCCUUCUUCACCACGUACAGUACAUAUCAUACUGAAUGUAUUUAACGAUGAUGUCCCGAUAGGGAAAAUAGCAGAUGUUCACCCCAAUGACGAAGAUAUUAGUGGCAACUAUAGAUGUCGUAUCAUUCCCAGCACUCAAUCCAGCCCGGCAGGCUUACUAAUCAUACCCAAUGCUUGUGAAUUGCACACUACAUAUCAGACUGUUAUGAAUGGCGGCUAUUCCUAUUCCGUGUCAGGUAAUGAUGGUAAACAUGACGAUGUAAUUUCUACGGUUACACUAGGUUUCCAAACCUUCAACAACAAUACGAUCGCGAAUUCAAUAACGAUCCUCAUACGAAAUAUGACGCCCGAAGAAUUUCUCUCCACUCAUUAUCGCAAUUUCAUGGAGAUAAUAAAGACAUCGAUAGAAACCAACGAUGACUUGCUUCUGUACAGUGUUCGUAAUAUAACGACAUUGAAAUCUGUGGAUUUGGAAAUUAUGGUUGCCGUGAAAAUGUCAAAUCACGGUUACCGUUUACCGCAUUACGUUGUUGAAAGGCUUGCCAAAAACCAUGGUGCCAUGCAAAGGCUUUUAAAGACAUCGGAACCUAUUAUAAUCGGAUAUGACCCCUGUUCUUCUUCAGGCACAUGUGAGAAUGGAGGUCUAUGCGCGUCUUCAAGAACCUUACAUGAUAUGCAAUCGCUUAAUAUCGUCGAUAGUGAGUCUUUAAUAUUUAGUGGGCCCAUGGUAUCUCAUGACUUCUUGUGCAAAUGUCCGGAAGGAUUUACUGGGCAACAAUGCGACAAACGUCAAGAUCCCUGCACUCCUAAUCCCUGUCAUAGUAAUGCUCAAUGCAGGCGAAUAAAUUUCGAAUUUCAGUGUGUUUGUCCACCUAAUAGAGAGGGCAAAUAUUGUCAACAGGAGAGAGGAGACGUGUGCUUGAUUAAUUCUUGCAGCAACGGAGGCUCCUGUCGGUCCAGCCCUGAUGGGGCUACCUUCUUUUGCCUUUGUCGGCCUGGUUACCGCGGCAAUCUAUGUGAACACGUGGCUGACUCUUGCCGUCCAAAUCCUUGCCUACACGGCGGCUUAUGUAUGGCACUUAAAACUGGCUACAAAUGCAGUUGUAGUGAAGGUCGAUAUGGUCGUCAUUGUGAGAAAACGACUUACGGCUUUGGGGAGCUCUCCUACAUGGCUUUUCCUUCUCUGGAUACAGCCACAAACGAUAUUUCUAUUAUAUUUGCCACAACUAAACCGGAUGGAUUAUUGUUGUACAAUUAUGGUAUACAGUCGGGAGGACGGUCCGAUUUUGUAGCAGUUGAAGUGGUUAGAGGAAAAGCUUUUUUCUCAUUUGGGGGCGCCAGAACUGCAAUGACCACGGUAAUCGUAGGUGCAAGUUCUCCUAUUAACUUGGCUGAUGGUCAUUGGUAUAAGAUAACCGCUACUCGCAACGGUAGAGUGAUGUCCUUAGCUGUAGCCAAAUGUACAGAAAACGGAGAUAUCUGUGAAGAAUGCCGGCCCGGUGAAGCAAGCUGUUACUCUGAUGAUGUUGGACCAAUAGGAACUCUAAAUUUUAACAAACAACUUUUACUCCUUGGUGGCCUUUCCUCAGCAGAUCCUGUCUUAGAACGUCCCGGGCAACUGCAUACCGAUGAUUUCGUAGGUUGCAUACACAGCAUUUCUAUAAAUGGUCGACUUUUAAAUAUGAGUCAACCAUUAAAACAACGCGCCAUUUCAGCAACGUGCACACGAACUGCGAAUGGGGGUCCAUGUUCCCAGAGUUUUCACAAUGAUCCCAAUUUAUCAUUGUGUGGAAAUUUUGGAAUAUGCAUGGACCGCUGGCAUUCUGCUAUGUGCGAAUGUGGUGCAGCAUUACUGUCUCCGGAUUGUUUCAAUUCCCUAGAUCCUAUAAGUAUCGCCGAAGGAGGCUUUGUAGAGUUUAAAAUAUCCGAAAAACAUCGUCGCAUGCAGUUGCUUGAUAAUUUAUAUGGUGGAAAUAAUAUAUGGUCGUAUGAUGUUAACAGACGUCGCAGAUUUACUUUUACCUAUGAUAAUCUUACGGCAUUAGCUCAAAUGAGUGAUCCUCCAAAGACAUUAAGUUUAUUAUUCCGGACCUUUAAGGAGAGCGGUCUAAUAUUAUAUGCCGCCACGAAUAAUCAUUAUACAGCACUUGAAUUGCAAAAAGGUCAUCUAAAUUAUUAUUCCAUUCGCGACAGUAUAGUUAAUAUGACAAUACCUAGUACAGAUAAUCUGAAUGACGGCAAGUGGCAUAAUAUAACUUUGCACACAGCUGGACGUGUUUUUCGCAUAAUCAUUGAUGGUAGUCGAGCAGGGGAAGAAUUAGAUUUUGCAGGCGUUCAUGAUUAUCUAGAUCCUUACCUUACAGUGUUGUCGGUGGGUGGUGUAAGAAAAGAAUUUUUCACCCAAGAAUAUACUUUCACUAAUUAUGAAGGUUGUAUUGCGAAUUUCACCAUUAACAACGAAAUACAGCCUUUUAAUGGCAGCGGGAGCGUUUUUCAUGAAGUACUUGCACGUGGUAAAAUUACUCCUGGCUGUGUAGGCGCUCUGGGUAUAGGAGCGGCACAAGUAGCAGACCCCAUUAGCAUUGGUGUUACCUUAGUUAUAGUAUUCUUUGUCAUAUUAGUUGUGGCUAUUUUGGGUUCGUACGUUAUUUACCGUUUUCGGGGCAAGCAGGAGAAAAUAGGCGGCUUAAGCUGUGGCGUUCCCGGAUUCAAAAUUAAACACAACCCUUCAUCUACCAUGUUAGGAGGACCUGGAGUAUCGCAAAACCAAGCUGAUCAUGUACUUACACGGGGUGUCCACAGCAAUGAAGUGCAAGUUGGAUAUCAUAAUGACAAUGGCGAUCUAAUAAGAAGUGUGCCGGGCCACCACAUAGUCGGUCCGGAAUUGAUAUCAAAAAAAUUCAAAGAACGUGAAAUUAAUCCAACUGAGCACCAACAACAACGUCCUCAAAGGCCAGACAUUAUUGAACGAGAAGUCGUUAGCAAAAGCCCUCCCCUUCGAGAUGACCAUCAUCCACCCAUACCACCGCCAACGCAAGGACACCAUCCCCAUGAUCAUGCCAGUUCUGUCGAUAUGGGAUCGGAAUAUCCUGAACAUUAUGAUUUGGAGAACGCAAGUUCUAUAGCUCCUUCAGAUAUAGACAUUGUCUAUCAUUAUAAGGGUUACAGGGAGGCAGGAGGUGUGCGUAAGUAUAAGGCUACCCCAGCGCCUGUAGCAUCUUAUACUCAUCAUAAACAUCAACCUACAGCAGCGCAGCAGCAACACAGACAUUCACCGCGUCACGGAGUUGCAGCGCCAUUUGUACCACGCGGUGUGCCACCUCAAGCUAGUCAACCACCACCUCCGGCAAGUGCACCGCGGCAGCAUCAAAGCACACCAUUGGCUCGACUUUCUCCAAGUUCAGAACUUAGUUCCCAACAACCGCGCAUACUCACAUUGCACGAUAUAUCGGGAAAACCCUUGCAAAGUGCUUUAUUAGCCACAACCUCUAGCUCUGGAGGUGUAGGCAAAGAUGCUUUACACAGCAAUAGUGAACGUAGCUUAAAUAGUCCAGUGAUGUCACAACUAUCAGGGCAAAGUUCCAGUGCUAGCCGCCAAAAGCCGGUGGUAUCAGGACAAACAGCUCCUCAAACUUCUAUGGGCUUAACGGCAGAGGAAAUUGAGCGAUUGAAUGCUAGACCAAGAACAUCAAGCUUAGUCUCGACAUUAGAUGCCGUGUCAUCAAGCAGUGAGGCUCCUCGCGUAUCAGGAGGUCCUCAUCAUCUGUCCUUAGGUGGCGGUCUCCAUAGCGCCGACGUCGACGCCCGUAGCUCAACUUCGACCGACGAAAGUGGCAACGAUAGCUUUACUUGCUCUGAAAUCGAGUAUGAUAAUAAUAGCAUUAAUGGAGACACAAAAUUUUCCACUAGUAAAAGCAUAUCCGAUGAGCGCAAUGCUGUUGGCAGGGCUUUAAGCGGUGACGGUGGUAUUGCUUCCAGCGUUGGCAAAGCUCCUCCUAUGCCAUCUCAUUCCUAUGAUGGUUUCGAUUCAUCAUUUCGUGGUUCCCUAAGUACUCUAGUCGCCAGUGAUGACGAUCUAUCAACUAACAUGGGUGGUUUGUAUCGUCAAGCCAAUAGCGCUGCAUCGCCAUCAGCUCCACCGAUAGGUUGGGAAUAUCUUUUAAAUUGGGGUCCGAAUUUCGAGAGUUUAGUUGGCGUUUUUAAAGAUAUCGCUGAACUGCCAGAUAGUGUAGCUAAUGAACAACAUGUAACUGGCUCGUUGAGAAUGAGCCAAACUGGACAAAAAACCUCCGAAGAAUAUGUAUAAAAGCGUACAAUGGACGAGAAAUAUAUUAUCUUAUACGAGUAGAGUAAAAUAAUUUGAUGCUGUGUUAACUGUUUACGUAGAAUAAGUAUAAAAGGUAAGUUACUUAGCUUAGAACGUAACUUUGGGUAUGAAAUGCUUUAGUACCAUAAGCUUUUGUAAAUCAGAAAUUUCUGCCAUCUAUUUAUUAAGAAUAAAGAAUAAAGUAUUGAAAAAUUAUAAUUACAAGUUUAG